UAAAAAGUCUUAACCAGUCAACAACCUUUGACUGAUUAGGGUUCACGCGGUUAAGAUAAUGCUGUCAGAGUGUCUAGAUCUUAUUCAAUUUUAGUUUUGAACGAAACCCCAACCCAAUGAAGUUCCUCCGUGCUUCAUUCACCUUCACCCUCAAAACCCUUCGCCACCGCCACAUGGUCCGAAACGCCGUGUCGCCGCCGAAUGUUACCACACACAACGUCAUGAUCCGCCGCGGCUUCUCUUACACGUCUCUGAUUGAUUUGAAUGAUAUGAUUUAUAGUGCCUCGGCUGGUACAUUCAACCAGCUUGUUCAUGAAUAUUGCGAAAACAAGGAGCUGGACAAGGCGAUUCAAGUGAAGAAGGAGAUGGUUCAGACUGACGGAAGCUUUUCAUCUCUUCCGAGAGAUGCUGUGGAGGGGUUUGUCGCCAGAUGAGGGGUUGAGGAGGCUUUGGGGAUUUUGAGGGGCAUGCCUGAGAUGGGUUUGUCGCCUGAUGCUGUUAGUUAUAACAUUGUUAUAUCCGGGUUUUGCCGAAUUCGGGAGCCGGGUAAGGCUUAUGAAUUGAAGAUGGAGAUGGAUGAAAAGAGGAUAUUGAGGAUGGAGGAAGUCGUGUAUGAAUCACUUAUGCAAGGCCUGUCGGAUGAGGAUGCUUAUUCUAGUUUGAUGAAUGAUUAUCUUGCUCAAGGUGACAUGGAAAAGGCUUAUAUAUUGGAUCGUGAAAUUGCACACGAUGGUUAUUUGUCAGAGUCUGUUACCGAAAGUGUGUUUAUUAAUGGACUUAGUAAGAAAGCUAGGACAAGAGAAGCUAAGGAGAUUCUUUUGUCGAUGAUUUCUAAUUCGUGUUUGUCUAAGACAACUCAUACAACAUAUGAUGCUCUCAUAGAGAACUGCAGUAAUAAUGAAUUUAAGAGUCUGGUAGAGCUUGUCAAAGGUUUCCGGAUGAGGGGUUUAGUGAGUGAAGCAGCCAGAGCUCAUGACACUAUGCUUCACGGGAAUCAUAAGCCAGAUGGAGGAGUUUAUAAUUUCUUAAUUGUUGAACAUUGUAGAUGUAAAAAUGUUGAUAAGGCGUAUAAUAUGUACACACGGAUGGUGCAUUAUGGUUUUGUUCCUCAUAUGUUCUCUGUACUUGCUCUUAUUAAAGCUCUACAUCGUGCUAGAAGGUACAAUGAGAUGACUUGGGUAAUUCGAAACACGUUGAUGAGCUGUAAUCUCUAUGAUUCUGAGCUACUUAAAGUACUUAAUGAAAUUGAUGUCUACACAUGUCAAAUUGAAGCUCUUUUGGAUGUGCUAGCUGAAAUAGCCAUGGAUGGCCUAUUACUUAAUGGUGGAAAUUGUUCAUAUGCUUCAGCAAUGAUAGACCCUGGAUUCAAAUAAAGGCUGGUUUGAGUAGUUAUUUGUGUAAUAAGUCAGUUUUUCUAACUGAUUUGGGUAGUUAUUUGUGUAAUAUUUCAGUUUUUGUAACUGACUUGUGUUGUUAUUUGUGUAAUAAGUCAGUUUUUGUAUCUGACUUGGGUAUUUAUUUAUCUCUUUAUAAGAGAUUGUUGGCAGAUAUAGAAUUAUUCAUGAAAUUUGGAUCAGUUUAGGGAGAGACUAGCCUCUCGAAUGCUAGACUGUUUGUUAACCGUUACAGUUUUAUUCAAAAGAGAAUUAUAUUCUUCUCUUA